UUAUGCAUUCUAUAUUUAGGAUUUUUUAUUGUAGUCCAAUCGUUUGGUUUUGUAGUACCAGUGAUUUAGUGGCACUAAAUCAAAUUUUGGUUGAUCAGCCCAAUAUACCCAAAGAGGAAGUUGAAAACAUCUUUGAAAUCAUAUUUGCAGAAGAGAUAUGCUGAAUUCUCUGUAUCUGCUGAAGGGAACCUUUUGAUAAACAAUAUCUCGAAGAGGUAUGGUACAUAAAUUGAGGCAAUGGUUUUUUCCAUCGAAAUUAUGCUGAUACCAUGAUUGCCCCGUUCUGCUAGAAGGCUGCAGCUAUACAGAUCCAACUCCUUCUCAGGUGUGCCGUACUUAGCAGAUGAUUUCUCUUUGGGAAGGAUGGGGUUUGAUUCUAACAACAUCAGUCCCUCAGAUAACUUAAUAUUCAGUAGUUAUAUUUUGCACACUGAGAAACUAGUCAAAGCUGAACAAACUUUUUCCAAACGAAGUUGAACACAUGACACCACCUAAAUUUUUGGGACAAAACAGGGAAAAGUUGUACUGGCAAAAUUUUUGCUCCUGGAGAAAAAUUGGUUUUGCUGAUCUGCUCACAGUCACACCUCUUCUGAUGAAUGCUGCAUUAUACCUUGGUCUAAAUGCUUUUCCUGGUAAUAGAUAUCAGAAAUGGGUUGUCCAGUCUAGCUCAAGUGGAUCACCCUAACGUGUCUUACAUAUGCAAUUAUUUAGACUGAACUUGUCUCAAAUUGGUUUCCAAGAGAUUUGAAUUUGCUUGGUACCUCAUGUCUCAGCAUAAAAUACAAAGACUUACGAGAUGUCAUUUUCUUGUUAGUUUGAAUAUAUCUUAAUCUUACGU